AUGGAAAACGAACAGGGGAAAAUUGUCGACCUUUACGUGCCUCGCAAAUGCAGCGCCACAAACCGCAUCAUCAAGGCUAAGGAUCAUGCCUCCGUCCAAAUUAGCAUUGCCAAAGUUGAUGAGAACGGCCGAUACACCGGCGAGAAUCAAGUAUAUGCUCUCUGCGGAUUCGUACGGGCCCGGGGCGAGAGUGAUGACAGCUUGAACCGUCUGGCGCAACGGGAUGGGUUCUUGAAAAAUGUAUGGAGCGCGAGCUCCCAGCGUUGA